AUGUCGACUACCGAAAACGUUCCCGAAGACCCAUUUGCGGAUUUCCAGUGGAAGAAUUCCGAGGUUUCGGAGAUGCGAAAAGGGAUAGAGAAGUGGAAGCCUGCACAGACGGCAACCCGCCGGACAAUCGAGAAAAACUUGGUGGAGGUCUUUCUGCAGCGGCGGGGGCUUGACACCCCGUUCUUGGCGGGCUUCGUGCAAAAGAAAUGUUCGCUGUGGUUCAGCAACCACACUGCCGACCGCCAGGAGGGAACACCGGACUGGUGCGGUCUCAGGCUGUUCACCGGCCGCGGCCUCUGGUACAGUAAGCAUUUCAAAGACGUUGAGGAGAAGGCAGGCAAGGACGCCAGUUUUGGCAUGAAGAACAGCCAGGCGGCGGAGAUGUGGAAGAAACUUGACGAGGAGGAGCAAGAGGAGUGGCUGGACUUGGCUGCCGAGUACAACACGAAGCCACCGCCUCCGGACUUUCAGCGAGAGUAUGGAUGCGUUUGCAACUACGCAAACAAGAAUAUGGUCCACAUCGUCGAAGAGUUCAUCAAAUUCAUGUUCCGCGUUUGUGGUGCCGCGGUCUUUGUAUACACCACCCGCCCAGCUAUUGGCGGUCAGUACAUGGAGACGGCCGACGCCUUGCAAAAGCACCAACUCUGGGACACGAACACGAAGGUGGCCUGCUUGGAGACCUUCAGUAGGCUGCUCGGCAUGAUCGGUGAUGCUGACCCUCCGCCAUUUCACUCUAGUCACAAUGGCAAGAAGAUGACGAGCAAAGAAGUUUACGCCCACGGUUGCGACUUUUUCCGGCUCCAUCUCAGCCUUGCCACUGGGGACGGUGUGCUGCUCAACUCUGUCCCAUGGAGCACCAUUAAACCGGAACUCGAAAAGUACAUCCCAGAAGACUAUUUAACGUCCGAAUUCAAGGAUAAGUUCGACUGCAUGAGCAAGAUGUCGAUCAAGGCUCAGAAUAACUGGUUCCAGUACAUCCUCCAGACAGAGGCAUCAUUGCCGGCACCGGAAGAUUACGCUGAGCCUGGCCCGGGGGAGGUGUUUCAAGUUCCGGAGGGCCGCUUUCACCUCUUGCGCGGACUGCACAAGCCCACCGCUGAUCAUAUCCCCGGUCAGUACCGAGCACUGUAUGUGGACGACGUUACCGAGAGCGUUUCCGGAAACGGUGCCGAAGCUGGCGGGGCGGCAAGUCCAAGAGGAACACGGAUGGCGAGUAUUCCACCGGGAAGCGUACGAGUCGUAAACGGGGCAAGACGGCGAAGCGCAAGGGCAAGGGCAAAGGGAAGGGACCCUCCUCCCGACGAGGAGAACGACAACUUCUUCGAGAACGAGGCUGAUAAGGAGGACCGAGAAGAGGACGAGUUCGAAGAGCUCCAAUCUGGUGAUGUGACAAGGAGGGUCGGAAAGAACGAGGAGGAAGACGAGGAUGGCGACGGCGAUGAGGUUCGGAAGUCGCUCGAGGACACCGGCAUUGACGAGACACCCACUGCUGCGUCGGAAGACUAUGACGGCCCAGCCGCUCCGUGGGCAACAUGGGCUAACGUCCACGGGUUUGUUGGCCAUGAUCUCUACAACGACGCACAAGAGGUGGUCCGACUGCUCGACUGGAUCGGCGAUCAAUCGGUCCGCGAGGAUCUUGACCGCGUCUCGGUGCAAAGGAUCUGCUUGGUGUUUGGACUCCUCGCCCGAGACUCCCGUCAAGCGAACGACUUCCGAGAGAGUCCCCUCCGCCGGAAUUCGACAGCGGAGAUGAUUUCGGGCAGAGCGCCUUGA